AUGUUACUGCCGAACAACGAUCUAGAAAUGAAAACUGAUAAUAUUGUUGCUACUCCAAUUGCACUGGAUAUUGAUGAUCUCUCACCAAACUAUUUUGAUACAUCAAUUGCCCCUAAUGGAGCUAUUUUAUACUACAAUGAUAUUGCUCCAUACACAGAAUCAUCGAAAGCAGAAAUACAACGUAAUGGAAAAGGUACUUACACGGAAACGGAAAGUUAUCGAGGCUCUAAUGGCACUUACCAAACUCAUGUUGUAACGAGGUCGCGUCUUGUAACUGAAUUUUAUUUUUCCAUUGAUCUAUCACCUUAUAUUUGUGAACAAUGGGGGCGUGUUGCUGUUAUUCCAUCGGCAAAGGCAAGAAUAGCUGGUGAAACCGUUACACUCAGAGAUGCUCUUGAACAAUAUACACUUUCUAACAAGAAAAUCAAAGAAAUAGUAUUGGAAAAGCAAUGUCAUGGCUGGAAUUUAGAAGAGUUGAAGAAAAAAAUUAUUGCAUUAGUUCGUUCAACUGGCUAUCAAAAUGGUAUUAAUGUCGCUUAUAAUAGAGUCAAUUAUCAGAUUGCUGCUCGUUCAUCUUCAAAAUUGAGCCAAUUUGCUAAUUCAACUGUAGUUCGUGUUUUGUGUUGCAUUUCCUGCCUAUGCAUUAUUUUUGGUCCUAUUUAUUAUUGCUUACGUACCAUAGGUUCAGCGCGAAAUACUAUUGUCGCCGAAUAUAUGAUGAUGGAGUCUGAUGAUAUUUUCCUUCAACUUAACGCUGAAAUGAUUGUUAAUUCAGUGAUUCAGCGUUCAAUUCUUAUAUAG